ACCCAAUAUGGAAUGUGCAGAACACUGGGAAGGGAAACUGGAGGAAGGCCCCACCCCAGGGCCCCAACACAGUGUAUGGAGCACUGACCUCCGAGGAGGCCCCAUCAGUGGGGUCCGGGAGGAUACAGUUUCUUCCUCAGGGCAAUCCUUAUGCCCUGUGGACCUCUCCCGAGCAACCCCAGGGAGCACAGGACUGGACCUCUGUGUCUCAGCAAGAGCAAUUCUGACACCAUUAAUGGGAGUGCAAACCCUGCCCACAGGAGUGAAGGGGCCGCUCCCUAAGGGAGUCAUGGGACUGAUACUGGGAAGAAGCAACACUAUCCUAAAAGGCAUUACUAUACAUCCAGGAGUAAUAGAUUCUGACUUUACUGGGGAAAAAAUUAAAGAUGUGAUUAACCACUGUGUUGCUGCUUUCACAUACUUAGGAAUCCAUAGCCACAUAAAAACAGACAAUGGACCGGCCUAUGCCAGCCAACGUUUCCAAGCCUUUUGUAAAGACCAUGCAGUAUGCCACACCACUGGCAUUCCCUAUAAUCCAACUGGCCAAGCUAUCAUUGAACGCAUGCAUGCUGUACUCAAACAAGAUCUGUCAAAAAUAAAAAGGGGGGAGUUCCUCUCCUCUCCAGUGUCCUUACUAAAUAAGGUCUUAUUCAUUAGAAAUUUUUUAACAAUUGAUGGUCGGGGCCGGUCUGCCAUGGAAAGGCACUGGCGUCCCCAAAGAGAUAAUUUAGGAGAAGUAAUGUGGAAGAUCUACUAACCGGGAUGUGGAAGGGACCGACCCCUCUCCUGGCAAGAGUGAGGGGAGCUGUUUGUGUUUUCCCCCCAGGAAGUGAAAAACCCAUCUGGGUGCCUGACCGAUGUGUGAGACGAGUUAACACCAGGAAGGAGAAUGAGGAAGGGAUCGGGAACAUGAACAUGGCUGCUAACCCUGCUGACAACAACGAUGACGGCGGGAGAGAUGGUGUGGAGUCUGGUAAAGAACCCCCCCAUGCUGAUGCCUGUGGGUCAAGCUAGCACAGUAUACCCAUCAGUGUACAGCUCCAACUUCACGCUGUUGUCUCCUUAGCAAUUGCUGGAGAGAAGAAGACUCCUCAAUGACAGCGCGGAUCCCAGUUUUCCUGCCCAUUCCGCUGACGGUCAUUAAGAACAGAGAAGAAUUGGUGCUCUACAGGCAGAAAAGGGACUUUGGAGUCACAGCAGAGGUGGUGUCCAUCAUUGCAGCCUGUGCCACAGCAGCCACAGUGGCCGGACUCGCCCUAUCUCAAUCGGCUGCCGCAGCCAGCACCAUUGAUCAGCUGGCUGAGCGAGUCAGCGAGGGCUUGCAAAAGCAGAACACUCUUAAUGCUCAGAUACACAUGGGCAUUCUGAACUUAAACCAACAGACUGCCCUGCUCCAAGAGCAGGUAGAUGCACUGUGGAAAAUGCAUGACGCCACAUGCUCACAUUUUUUCCGUGCCACCUGUGUCACCCCCCUACAGGUGCAAAAUGCCUCCGAACAGCUCCGGGUGCUGAAUACUUACCUUAGGGGUCCAUGGAAUGUGACAUUUGUAAAUUUCACCAGUCAACUUGCUAAUCAGAUUGUGAGAAUUAAUGAGACCAGAGUACCCCCCAUAAGUGGGGAAACAUGGUGGAAUAAUAUGGCUCUGCUGAGAGGUUGGGUACAACGAUGGGUGGGCUCCCUGGCCCUGGCAAUCAUAGGAACAGGAGUUACUGUUACAGCCUGUUGGGGACACAAAAGGUUGUAUCGUUCCCAGAGGCAUCACCAGAGGGCCACCACGCAGGUAAUGCUUAGCCUUGCCCGCCAUCCUAGAGGAGAAGUUCCUCAGGUAUGGCUAAAUAUGCUGCAGGAACACUGAGGGUGCCCCAAAGACGGGAAACUUCCCGGUCAGGAUGGACCACCUAAGACAGGGUUAGAGGCCUCCCAAAGACGGGUAAGGAUCUGCCCGACCGGGACAACCUAAGACAGGAGCUCCCUUCGGCAUAAUUUUAAGAGAGGGGGGAGAUGUCGGGACAAAGGGUCCCUGGCCUCACACUCCCGCCCUGGGGCUUUAAGUAGAGCUGCCUGCUGUGGGAGGCCAAGAGGAAGUACACAAAGUACAGAGGCUCGCUGAGAACAGCCUGACCUCUCGGAGGCCCACGCUUUCUGGCAGAGCCAACCGCAAGUUCCGCAUUCCCACGCCCUGAAACAGUAUAAGUAGCUGGGACAAGAGAAAAAUAAAGGCUUGCUUGCUUGCUCCAUGAA